UAAACCAAACAGUUUCAGUUUGAAAUAUCAGUUUCAUGAACUUCUUUCUCGAGCUCAGAUCUCGAUUCGGAGAAACCAUGAAGUUAAUUGUGUUAACAUUCCUCGUAUUGGAAUUAACAUUAAUCCAAUCAUCUCCAGUGACAAAGAAAGUUGAAAAGAGGACGGCAAUUGAAAGCAUAAAAGCCGACACUUCAUCAAAAGCAGUGAGCCUCAAAGAAAGUUCUCUCAAGUUUGAAAACAUCAAACCUCUAAUUCCAAAAGUAUUGAAGACCGGCUUGAUAAAAGAUGAUACGAAUAAAUCAAAAAUAGUCAAGAGAAACGAUUUGAAUCCAGUGGAAAAUUCCGAGAAUGAAAGUUUAAAUCGUGAUAAGAAAUCGUGCCAUAUUUCUGGAUCGCAACCAAAUAAAAUAUGUCUGGAAGUCGAUUGCGGUUCACCUGAAAUGGUCGUCUGUCAGGAAGAUCGUCCACAGCAACAACAGCUUAUUCAAGUAGCUCAACCGUUACCGCAACCACCACCUUCUGCACAAAUAAUUCAAGUACCCCAACCGCAGCCAGCUCCUCAAAUUAUUCAGAUACCACAACAGCCUCCUCCUAGACAACAGAUUAUUCAAGUACCCCAACAACCAUCUCCUCCACAAAUUAUUCAAGUACCCCAACAACCACCGCCUCCACCUCAGACACAAAUAAUUCAUGUUCCCCAACAACCACCGCCUACUCCUCAGACACAAAUAAUUCAGGUAUCCCAACCUCCUCCUAGAACUCCUCCACAAAUUAUUCAAGUACCCCAACAACCACCGCCUCCACCUCAGACACAAAUUAUUCAAGUACCCCAACAACCACCGCCUCCACCUCAGACACAAAUAAUUCAUGUUCCCCAACAACAACAACCACCACCACCUUCUCCACAGAUUAUUCAAGUACCUCAACAACAACAACCACCACCACCUCCUCCACCACAAAUUAUUCAAAUACCCCAACAACAACCACCACAACAAUCCUACUCUCAAUGCAUCGUUUCACCAUCUUCUCUUCCACCACCCCAACCACAAGUACUUUAUUUACCUCAAUCACCACCACAGCCUUCUCAACAACAAAUCCUUGAAAUUACAUCACCUCCAAUCAUCCCACCUUCCCCAAUUUAUUAUCAACUCUCCCAACCAUCUGCACCAGCUCCACAAUCCUCUGCUCUUUGCAUCGAUACAACACCAUCUACCAGCAGUUCGGCUCAACUUCAAUUUGCCUCAUCACCAAGUGCAUCGUUUCAAAUUCGACCCUAUCAAUUUCAAACUCAGCCUCUGAGUUUCUCAACGCAAUCAAUUGCACCCCAACCAUCGCAACAGACGUACAUGACAAAGCCAAUUAAUUUGUUCAAUACUCAAAAGGCAUCGUCAGCUGGAUGCAUUCAUACUUAUUUGCAAGGAAAACCGGGAUUAUUGCAGAAUAAACUUUCCAAUUUGUUCGGUCAAUGUUCCUGCACUACAUCGCCAGUUCAGCAGCAACUGUCUUCCUCGUGGGGUGGUUUAUUGCCUCAAGGAUCAAGACUCGUCAGAGUACCGGAAAGAUCUGCUGAUGCUGUUGAAUCAACUCCACAAGCCGACAGUAAUAAUUCACAAUCUAAAACUGCAAUCAAUACCAAUCAACCGAAUUUGACUCCUGCUACACCGGCAUAAUUUUUUUUAAAGAUUGAGAGAAAUGAUAUAUAUUUAUUUAUAUAUAUAUUUUUUUAAAAUGUAUUGUUUUAUUAACUGUAAAUAAUAAUUUAUAUAUAUUUUUUUCUUGUUUAUGUUUAAA